AUGGCUGACGCAACUGACUCAACAUCCCCGGUCAAGGAGGAAAACGUCUCGCCCAAGACUUCCGCACCUCCCGCCGCUGGCAAUGAGAACCAACUCACUCUCCGGUCUCUCGUCAGCACCAAAGAAGCCGGUAUCAUUAUCGGCAAGGCCGGAGCGACCAUUGCCAGUAUUCGUGAGAAGACAGGUGUGAAGGCUGGAGUCUCCAAAGUUGUUCCUGGUGUUCAAGACAGAGUCUUUUCUGCCACUGGAGAAGUUGAGAGCAUUGCCAAUGCCUAUGGAGAGAUCGCUACGCUGCUCCUGGAAACCCCAUUGUCCGAUUCCUAUCUCCCAGCACCGCCUUCAGGAUCCUUCACCUCUAUCCGUUUGUUGAUCUCUCACAACCUCAUGGGAACCGUCAUUGGUCGACAGGGCCUCAAAAUCAAGCAGAUUCAGGACACUUCAGGCGCUCGAAUGGUUGCUUCAAAGGAAAUGCUCCCUCAAUCUACUGAACGAGUCGUAGAGGUUCAAGGAGCCGUAGACGCCAUCAAGACUGCCAUCCUGGAGAUCUCAAAGUGCUUGUUGGAAGAUUGGGAGCGAGGUCAAGGCACUGUGCAAUACCAUCCCGGAGCGGCUGGCGAUGCCGGUGUAUUGGCAGGUGGUCUGGGUGCUCAGACCGUCACUGGUCCAACAGGAGGAAUCAGGAGGACCAGCUUGGGAACUGGACUUGGCGGACCGGGUGGGCCUGGUGGACCGGGUGGGCCUGGAAAUGGAUUCAAUGCCCGACGACCAAGUGGGGCCGCUGGUAAUGCAAACACCGGAGAACCCAGAAGAGUUAGCGGGGAUCUAGCCGCCAACGACCCGAAUCUCCGGACUCAAAACAUCUCAAUUCCCAGCGAUAUGGUUGGCUGCAUCAUCGGUCGUGGUGGAUCCAAAAUCACUGAAAUCCGACGCCUUUCUGGCUCCCGUAUCUCCAUCGCUAAAGUCCCGCAUGACGAUUCUGGCGAGCGCAUGUUCACCAUUGUCGGAACUCAGCAAGCUACUGAACGAGCCUUGAUGCUUCUUUAUUCACAGCUCGAAUCUGAGAAAGUUCGACGUACAAGCCAACCUGGCGAACCCGCUGCAGUCUAG